UAUUUUUCCAAAAUUCUUGUAUCACACUUCUUACAUUCCUCCGAAUAUAUAAAUAUUCGACUCUUCACAAGCAUAGCUAAUCUCGAACCCAUUAGCCAUACGUCAAUGGAGAAUUUAUACCCUCGCGCUUUCUCUCUGAUCUUAACCUUGUUUCUGAUAUUCUUCCCUCAACUCCUGCAAUCACAGACACAGAAUGGUGCUUUUUCUCGGCAACCACCUCGCCCAAUGGUAUUCACCCCACAUAACGGGCCCGAAUCCGACCCCCAACAGGUACAUAUUUCAUUGGCGGGGAUCGAUCAUAUACGAGUUUCGUGGAUUACUGAGGCCAAACAUGCGAAAUCAAUAGUGGAAUACGGGAAAGAAUCCGGAAAAUACAAUGCAUUGGCAACCGGUGAACACAAAUCGUAUACUUACUUUUUUUACCACUCAGGCGAGAUCCACCACGUUAAGAUUGGACCCUUGGAGCCCAGCACCACCUAUUUCUACAGGUGUGGAGGUUCGGGCCCGGAGUUUUCCUUCAGAACACCGCCUUCAGGAUUUCCGAUUGAAUUUGCAGUUGUUGGAGACCUGGGACAAACUGAAUGGACCGCUUCAACCCUACAACACAUCGAUAGUAAGGACUACGAUGUGUUUCUGUUACCCGGAGAUUUAUCCUACGCCGAUGGCCAACAGCCCCUUUGGGACUCGUUCGGACGCCUAGUUGAGCCAUACGCGACCCGCCGCCCAUGGAUGGUGACCGAAGGCAACCACGAGAUUGAGACCAUCCCAAUCCUCCACCCCUACGGCUUCAGAUCCUACAAUGCCAGGUGGCGAAUGCCGCACGAGGAAAGUGGAUCGACCUCAAACUUGUAUUACUCAUUUGACGUGGCUGGGACUCACAUUAUAAUGUUAGGAUCUUAUACUGAGUUUGAUGCUGACUCGUCUCAGUACAAGUGGCUUGAGGCCGAUUUGGCCAACGUUGACAGGAAGAAAACGCCAUGGAUCUUUGUGCUCUUGCAUGCCCCCUGGUAUAACUCUAAUACAGCACAUCAAGGUGAAGGAGAAAGCAUGAGAAAAGCUAUGGAAGAGUUGCUGUAUAAGGCACGGGUCGACGUGGUUUUUGCAGGCCAUGUUCAUGCAUAUGAACGAUUCACUCGGAUUUUCCAUAACAAGGAGAAUCAAUGUGGUCCGAUGUAUGUGACGAUUGGUGAUGGCGGGAACCGAGAAGGGCUUGCAUUAACGUUCAAGAACCCAACUUCCCCUCUCUCGUUGUUUCGGGAGGCAAGCUUUGGACAUGGGCGGUUGAGUGUAUUAAAUCAAACACAUGCACAUUGGUCAUGGCACCGCAACAAUGACUCCAACGCAGUUGUGGCAGACCAGGUCUGGUUAGAAAGUUUAAGCAUCUCUAAAGCAUGCUGGGAAACUCUGCAGGACCAUGGAUUAUCAUCGUCUCUCAAAGACGAAUUAUAGCUUUGACUUGAAUAUGACUAUAUAUUUAAUUGGAGGUUAACCUUACGCUUGAUCAGUUUUUCAAAGUUUCAAGGUUACAAACAGUUUGCAA